AUGGAAACUGGCCCCGAGCGACGCAAGCAACAGACCGUUGUACGGCGGGCUUUGGCCUGGGUGCGCAACCAUGUCUACCAGGGUUUUGCCGGCCUCUCUUUCAUUCAGUGGCACUAUUUCUACUUUGUCGCCACUUCGCUGGUCGCCAGUCUGAUCUUCUGGGGCUCGUCGACACCGGCCAAGUCCGUUACCUAUGUCGACAGUCUCUUCCUUUGCGUCUCAGCCAUGACAGAGGCAGGCUUGAACACAGUCAAUCUCUCGGAGCUGAAUACCUGGCAGCAGAUACUGCUCUUCCUCCUGAUUAUCCUUGGCUCUGCCAUAUUCGUGUCGUCGUCCAUCCUCCACAUACGUAAGAGGGCCUUUGAGAACAAGUUCGCGGAACUUGUCGAACAGCGCCGGAAACGACUGCGCAGGCCGCGCACACGUACCUUCACCUUGUCAAGACGAGACCAUGUUCACUCUAAUGACCGCGAGUCCACCGUCGCCUCUGGAGCGUUGCGCGGGCGCCUGGCGGAGGCAGGUCCCGAACGCCCCGAGCAUAAGGCUUCCUUCAGCUCACAGGAUCGCCGGCAGAAUUUGGAGGCGCCAGCAGAGGCACAGAUUGAGCCUGGACCACCACCCGCCACAGGCACAACCACCACUGACUCCAAUAUAGGCCAUAUCCGAUUUGUUGAAUCGAUCCUGCCCGUGGAACGCACGGAGCACCGGCCACGGAGCAUCAGCCGCAGCCGGAGUUUCUUCGAGGGUCGCGGUGUUGGUGCUCGAGGCUUGGACAACCAUCCGCGGAAUGCACGACCGGUCGAGAUCCACGAGGCGACGCUGGAUUGCGCCGUCGACGACAAUGCAGCACAACCGGGACCAUGGGUGAAGAAGGUGCACAGGUAUAUCGACACAGUGGGGGGAUACCUGGGGAGAAAUUCCCAGUUCUACCACCUCAGCGAGAAAGAGAGGCGGAAACUCGGAGGGUUCGAAUACGAUGCCAUCUGCCUUCUCUCGUGGCUGGUGCCGGCCUACUUCGUCCUCUUCCAGCUGUUCGGCGCUCUGGGGGUUGGGGCUUGGAUAACAGUCAACCGCCCACACAUCUCGUCGACGAAUGGGCUGAAUCCCUUCUGGACCGGUGCUUUCUUCGCCAUCAGCGCUUUCAACAACAGCGGCAUGGCUCUCCUUGAUGCCAACGCGGUCGCGGUCAAUACGAGCUAUUACUGCAUGUUGACGCUCAGUCUGCUCAUCCUUGCAGGGAAUACGCUCUUUCCGCCAUUCCUUCGACUCAUUCUGUGGACUUUCAGCAAGGUGAUGCCUGAGCAUUCCGCCUCGGCGGACUGGCAGAGACGGCGGCGGACAGUCCAAUUCUGCCUGGACCAUCCUCGGAGGGUCUACACGAACCUUUUCCCCAGCGCUGCUACCUGGUGGUUAGUUGCCAGUGUGGUGGUCUUGAACGCCAUUGAUUGGAUUGCGUUUGAAUUACUCAACAUUGGAAAUGAGGUGGUGGAUUCGCUGCCCACGGGGUUCCGGAUCGUUGCAGGGUUAUUUCAGGCCUUCGCCGUGAGAAGUGGUGGCUUCUACAUUGUAUCCAUAUCAGGGCUGAGAUCUGGUUUGCUCGUCCUCUACGUCCUCAUGAUGUACUUGAGCGCUUUCCCCGUGACAAUGACGAUUCGGAACACCAACGUCUACGAAGAACGGUCGCUCGGCAUCUUUGCAGACGAGCUUCCACUCUAUCAGGACCAUGAGGGAACAGCCGCGCAAAAGGACAAGAAGGAAGGACUCUUGACUGGGCUGAGACGAACACUCACAAUGACCCAUGGCGGCCAGCCGACACAGAAUCCGGCAUGGAACCAUGAGGAUUUCAUCCGACUCCAGCUCCGCUCCCAGCUCGGCCACGACUUGUGGUGGAUUGCCAUUGCAGUUUUCGUCAUUACGUCGAUCGAGACGGGCCAAUUCGAGCGGGAUCCUGUGACUUUUUCCACAUUUAACAUCAUCUUCGAAGUCAUCAGCGCCUACGGCUGCGUCGGCAUCAGUGUGGGAGUCCCCUGGAACAACUACUCCUUCUGUGGAGCCUGGCACCUGACCUCCAAACUUGUACUUUGCGCGGUCAUGCUUCGAGGCAGACACCGGGGAUUGCCCGUCUCGAUCGACCGAGCAAUCCUUCUUCCGGACGAAAGUCUGGCGUGGGCGGAGGAAGAGGACGCGCACAAGAGAACCACGAGCUUCGCCUCCGAGGUGACCACGCGUUCGGGAGAUGUGGUGCGACCACCGACGUCGGCAACCGCAUCGACAAGUGUGGUGCGUCGACCGCGAUCUGCGAGCUUGGGAGCCCCAGGGCCCAGCAUCCACGUUGACGCCGACGCCAGAGGAGCCGAACACGUCGUUUGA